AUGGCGUUCUCUAUAAACGACCAGGAUGGAAACAGGAGUACUUUUACUCAACAAGAUACAGGAAUUACGAGUUCUCCAAACGUCGGCAAGAUCACAGUAUAUUUAUAUACCAGCAAGGAACCUAUGAAAUUUGCCACUACCUUUAAUUGCGAAGAGAUUUGCACGGAAAUAUGCCGCAAGUUAAAUAUAAAACCAUUUGUUCAACUAAUAUACGGCAUAUGCGAGCGCGACGAUUUGUCAAGUAAAUUCAAAACAAAGUUAAAAUCUAAUCAAAACGCCAACUUGUAUAAAUUUGGCUCUUGGCCUCUGCCCGGUGAGUGUUUAGAUAGCACGUUGAGCUAUUGUUUUCGUAUACGCUUCCGUAUACCGGAAAUGGAAGGUCAAUUACAACAUCUCGAUCCGGAGAGCUUCAAUUAUCUAUAUUAUCAGAUGCGCCAUGAUUUGGUAUAUGAACAAAUCUCAGAGAUAUGUUAUCCAGAACACAAAAACAUAAUCCUUAGCGUAGUUGUCGUCGAUAUGGUCAUCGAUCUUCAGAUUGUUCUGGAGAGAGACAAGGCAGCAAACGAGCUCGAGAUCAACUCCGAUUCUAGGGCCAAGGCCAUCAUAAAGGCCUACAAAUCAUAUUUGCCGCGUAGCAUUUGGAAAAAUCACUGCGAAUUUACAUAUAAACCUAUCCGUGAAAAUUUCCAAAAGAUCAAUGAACAACAAUUUACCAUGGAUCAGCAUAAACAUUAUUGUAUCUCCUCCUUGUGUCUACUGGCUAAAAAUUAUAUGAUGAUGGAUCAGUAUAUGGUCACAGUUGAUGCAUUGCCAAAAGAGGUUGACAGUGGCGACACACCUUUGGGAACUAGUAGCAGCAGCAGCAUCCCUAACACUAAUGAAUCUAUUAAAGUCCUAGUUAGGUUGUGGACACAUGCGUCCAAUGAUCCUGGACUAAAAAUUGCUCGAAUUUCAGCAAAACCCCGGUGGAUUUUGGUUGCCAUUACCGAAAAUAUUGAAAGGGCUAUGGUAACAGAUAAGAAAUUGUCACUGGAAAUCAGUGGAAUGGACGACUUUACUAUGACGUUUGAAACGACACAGGAAAUGAAGUCUUUUAUUUCGUAUUUAAACACUUAUAAAAGACUGACUGGAUUAUGGCUGAAAGAUCUAUGCCCCCAAUACAGUACACCUUCGCUCAAGGACUUAAAUGAAACAUCAUUUCAUGGUCCUAUUGGUGGAAUCUGGUCUUUAAGGAAACUCAACGAUUAUCACUGUGGCUCCUAUAUCAUUCGACAAUGUGAACAAGAAUACUUUACGUAUUAUAUUGAUAUUAAUGUAAAACGUGAGAAUACUUUAGACACGCAUCGACGCUUUGAAACGAAAAUAUUUAAAAUCCAACGAGCUGAGCCACCGAGCCUACUAUGGAUAUUGCACAAGGAUGGUCAGACAUCAUCACAUUUGACAUUAAAAUUACUUGCGGACUCCAUAGACACCGAUGAUAAUCAUACUGAAUGUGUGCCGCCAUUAUUGAAUGACAAAUAUCCAGAAUUGUUAUUAUGUUUGCCCAAAACAUUAAGCACCAAAAAGACUAACAUUCAAUUAAGCGAAUUCGAAUUGUGCAGUCGUAGACCGCAAGUCCUGGAUGGCCCAAAGGAUUUGCAAUAUCAUAUAGAGGAAGAGGUGUUGAGCAAUGAUAAUUUAAUGGCCACAUGUCCCGGAGAUUGGAUACAAAAAGGUUCCAUCAAGGAUGUUCCGGUCACACUGAAAAUUCUACAUAAUGAAGGAGACAUUGCCACAUUUAUGAAUAUGACAGGUCAAUGGGGCCUCAUCCAAUCGCCACAAUUUCUGAAAUUAUAUGCUCUAACGCAGUUGCUUCCAUUUACCAUGGUCAUGGAAUAUUCCAAAUAUGGUCCAUUUGAUAAAUUUUUAAAAUUAUAUCCAGAAAUUGGUAUAUCUAGUCUCAAGUUGGUAUUACGUGAUUUGACACGUGGCAUAAAUUAUCUGAAGGAAAAUCACAUUAAACAUAAUUAUAUACGAUGUUCAAAUUUAUUUAUCACCGGAUUCAAGUCGCCAUAUAUAAGGGUCAAAAUUGGAGAUCCUGGCUAUCCGAGACCUUAUAACGAGACCGAUUUUGCUUGGAUACCAAUGAAAUUUUAUAAUAAUCCAGAGGAGGCCAAGAGUGACGACAGGACUCAGUAUUGGGCAUUUGCGACAACAACCUAUGAAAUAUUCUCACGUUGCCAGGAGGAUUUAACAAAAUUGUCAAAACAAACAUUUUUGCAGAAUCACACUAAUGAAGGAUUCAUUUUGCCAAUUUUUGAGGAGAAAGACUUUCCCCCAGAGAUUAGUGAAAUAAUUAUGGAUGGCUGGGCCGGUGAAAAGGACUUUGAUCAUGAUGCAAUUAUCACGUGUAUAAAUGAGAUAAAAUGUUCUGUGGAUGAGAAACCUUUACAUGAGAUAGUUUCUUUAAGCAAUUUAAGAACUAACAAUUGGGAAAACAAUGACUUUCCCGAGUACACUGUUGAGCGCAGUUGUGUUACGGCAUCAAUCGCUGUGAACGGAGGGUCAGUGGAAUUUGGAAUGGAUAAAAAGGAUGAACUUGGAAAAGGACAAUUUGGAGUGGUAUUUAUCGGUCGCUUUAAAAAUGAAAAUGGUUUUAAUGAACCGGUGGCCAUCAAGAAGCUUAAUGAGAAAAACACAUCAGCAGAUUUCCGAAACGAAGUCCAAAUAAUGCAUUCCCUAAGACAUGAGAAUGUGGUACAACUUAAGCAUUGGUCAGCGAAAUUCAUUAUCAUGGAAUUUUUAGACUAUCCACUUGAUGAAUAUUUGCUAGCUAGACAAGAUUCGCCAAGGGAAAAAUUGGAAUACUUUGCCUUGGAUAUAGCUAAGGGCAUGGAAUAUUUAGCCAAAAAUCAAAUUGUACAUCGCGAUUUGGCUGCAAGAAAUGUUCUGUUUGACAAAAAAAAAAAUAUUGUGAAAAUCUCGGAUUUUGGUCUAUCCAAGAAACUUAAUAAUGAAGGCAUUUAUAUUGGAGUCACAAAUCGGCCUUUUUUACCCGUUGCAUGGUUCUCGCCCGAGGCCUACGAAUACAAAAAGUUCUCAAUGUAUUCAGAUAUAUGGAGUUAUGGUGUAACACUCUAUGAGAUAUUCACUCGUGGAUCGAAGCCACCAUUAAAUACAACUGCAAGCAAUCCAAAAGAUAUGGCAGCUUAUCUGGGACAGAAGGAUAGGUUUCCGAGACCACAGCCAUUAGAGGCAUGUGCAGAUUUUGUCUACAAUGACAUUAUGUUGAAAUGUUGGAAUGAAAAGCCUACAGAUCGGCCAACAUUUACAAUGAUUAUUGACAUACUGAGAACGAACACUGAACCUCCAAAUACUAUGAAUCCAUCACAGCAACAGGAUCAUCAAGAACAACCGCAACAGCACCAUCCAGGAGAACACCAAGAAGAGAUGCAACAACCACAACAGCAGCACAAUCGUAAUAACACCGAAAAUUAUUAUUUAGAGAUGAAUGCCAUUAAAAAUUGACAUAAUCUAUUGUCUAUGUAUAUUUUUACACAA